AAUACUUAGGAGUAGAGUCAGUAGAGUUUCGCGAAAGUUGUGCAUUCCCGUGAUUGUUUCAGUGUGUAAGAACUCAACGCUCUAUUAUCUGUGACAUAAGAGACAGUGUGUGGCUCAUACAAGAGGGGUAAAGUGGCGUUUCCGACGUUGAGUGCAUCCACGGAGUUGUGUUGUGUCCUGCAUGAAGUCGAAUCUCAAGUCGAAGUCGUCUUCAUGCCCUAAUGAAAUGCUGCCGUCAACUUGGAAUCGAAGUCUCUAAAAUGGUAAAGCGUAAGGAACGAGGAGGUCGGAGGCAGGUAUUGCAACUUGAGGAGGAACAGAAACCAAGCAAUGUGCAACAGCAUUGUUUGACACAAAUUACUUACAGCGAUAGCAGCGAAGAAUCUGACGAAGAAGGUACUUGCAGUCAGGACAUCACCAAUAAAGGGAAAGAUGUCAUAGAUGAACAAGUGGCAGAUUUUCUAAAAGAAAUUGAUGCCAUAUCAACACCCAUUGAAGCAGAGGUGACAAAUGACAUUGCUGAAGCUUCUACUGCUGCAACCUCUGUUGAGGUUGAUGCUGUUGACAAAGAGGACCAAGAGACAAAUGGAGACAACUUGUGUGACGAUGACAUUACUUGUCCUUGGCAGCAAUGCCAGGACGAGUCAACGGGCUAUGCCUACUACUGGAACGUGGAAACCAACCAAGUGACUUGGGAAUGUCCUGCGGAAUACUUGGCCUACUGGACCAAACUCAAUGCUAGCACACAGCAGCCUCAAGCGGUAACGUCAGAGGCGGCUGCAAGCAGUACAACACCAACAGUACAGCCUAAGGAAGAGUCAUGCGAAGGAAAAAUUAUACCUAUUACAUCGUACGGCUCCUCUGAGGAAAGCUCUGGCGAAGAUGAUCCACCCAGACCGACCUCCAAGCAGUCGAUUGGCACCAGUAGUUUGUGCGAGUACGGUCCGCAGCUUCCUGCGGAGCAGUCUUCUCCCAAAAGUACAUCAGUCGAAGGUUGCCAACCCGUAGAUGAAAGGCCUAGAGAGGGCCUUCUGCUUGAAGCCGAGACCAUCAGACUACCAGUCGAGGACAGCUGUUCUGUGGAAGAGGGGAUGCCACAACCUUGUUCCCUUCCCUCUGACUUGGGUCUGCCAAACGAAGGAGAAGGGGUCACAAAGGCACCUGGAGCAUUACUAGACUACCCAAGCUCCCCAGCCAGUGAAGAUGUUGAAGAUGACCACACAACAGGUUCGACGAGUAGUGCAUCUUCGGUGGGGAAUCUCACGAUGGUGAGGGCGCAGUUUGCACCCCCAGUUGAAUUGAGCGGGACAGAAGGAACAGAACGAGAUAGGACCUCCCAAGGAGCAUCCGAUGCUGCAAGCAGAACUCAGGCCUCGCUCCUAGUGGCGUACGGAGAAUCCGACAGCGAAGACGAUUCAGACACAAGCGAGCCAGUCACAUCGUUGAGCCAUGACGUAGAUUCCAACGGUGCCAAGCAGCCACAGGUGGAGGCGGGAAAAUGCUUUGUCGACGCAAUCACGUCGGCUGACACGCCCAGCGACGAACGUCGAGGUUUCGACUUUUGCGAGGCCAAAGAUUCCGAGCCCACCAAUAAAAUUGUGGCACGGAAAAAGCGUCUGAUGAGCGUCAGGUUUGUUAAGUCAGACGAGGUGUUGUACCCGAGUGGAACUACGGACAAUGACAGCGACAAAGAGGUGUCAGAACGAAUUGAGGGCCCAGAGGAAGACAGUGAUUUUGAUGAUGUUCUUCAGGCACUGGAUGAUGCUCUUAUGGAAUCGAAAAACAAAGCUGUGAAAGAGAACAACAAAGAUCUCCAGGGAAUGUCACAGGACAAUGUCGACAGUGUCACUCAAGAGUCUUCAGAUGGCUCACCCAGAUCUGAUCAGGACAUGAUGGUGGACUCUCCUGCAGUCGUCCGGGACUAUUCCGAUGAGAUUGAAGCCUCCCUGGUUACCAUAAUGGCAAAGCUGGCACACUUUAUUGCUGCAAGCAGCAUGAGUGACACUAUCCACGACCUUGCAGUUCAAGUCCAGACCCGACUGCAGGACUGGCGUGCUGGAGCCCUGGAUCCCAAAUACUUUUGGACAAAGCUGCAGGAAGUACACGAUGCCUUGCAACUGAGAGAAGCAAGCAUGAGCCUGCCUUGUGACUGGAGCUGUCAUUGGGACAGUGGAACGAUGCGGUACUUCUACACGGAUAACGCUACGGGGCACUCUCAUUGGGAACUUCCGUGCAACACCCAAAGUCCCAAAGAGACGUCCGAGGAAAAUUUGGGACAGGCAUCCUCUACGGUGGAAAACUCUGCAGAACCAUCUGGCAUCUCAUCUGUUGCCUCACUGAGCCCUUCAGUUAGCAGAGGUGAAGAGAGUGUGGAGGAGUUCCCCAGUGGAGAGCCAGUGACCGCUCCUGUAACGGACACGCAACCACCACAACCGGCUGACUCCAAACGGGAACUUAGCAGGUGUUCCGACGAACUGGUGGUGGGCCCCUCAAAGCGAAGAAAGACAAAGCUGUCAUCAGGAUUAGCACUCCGCAAGAAAAACAUCCCAUCAUUACUUGAGAAGUGGGAGAAAAUCAAGAAAGAGCAGCAACGAGAAAAUUCGAAACAAAAUAUAUAGAAAUGCAAUCACCCAUCAUAAGGCUGCAUCCGUGGUGACCUUCACAGUAGGAAGUCAUAAUGUGAGACUGCAUUGCCUUCUGUUUGGUCCUCAUAUUGCAGCGCACAUCGUCAUUUUAGUACAUGUUUUGCAGUGAAUUGUGAAUAAAAGACUUAAGGCCGAA